AUGUCAGAUCAAUCCGAAGGAAAUUAUGCGGAAGCUUUACAGAAUUAUUACGAAGCUAUGCGACUAGAAAUCGAUCCCUACGAUCGAAGUUAUAUACUCUAUAAUAUAGGCCUUAUUCACACAAGUAAUGGAGAACAUACGAAAGCUUUAGAAUAUUAUUUUAGGGCACUUGAACGAAACCCAUUCUUACCACAAGCUUUUAAUAAUAUGGCAGUGAUCUGUCAUUACGCCAUUCAACAGGGGGAUUCUGAAAUUGCGGAGGCUUGGUUCGAUCAAGCCGCUGAGUAUUGGAAACAGGCUAUAACACUUACUCCUGGAAAUUAUAUUGAAGCGCAUAAUUGGUUGAAGAUCACGGGGCAUUUCGAAUAA